CACGCCUUGGGCAGUGCCGACAACGUUCCAACGCCACUGGCGUGCCCCGUGGGAAUAGAGGUCACAAGGUCAUUGCCCCAUUUGACCUCGAGAUCCGUGACAGUAAAGCUCUGUGCAGGCCCCAAAGGGAUAUCCAUGUUGCUGAUAGGCGAUGUUAGUGGGUGUGGCUCCCCAAGCCCAAACGGCAUAUUUGAAUAUUUGUGGGGAAUUCCAGCAAUUGGUGACAAGUGGAGCGGAAUUUAAGUGAGGUUAUUGUUCACUUUUUCCGGUAAAAAUAAAAUUCAUGAUCGAACGUGAAAAUUUGUGGAGAGAGCUAGAAUGGAUGGGAUUUUGAUGUUGAUGUUGAUGGCAUGCUCUAACAUCCGACGCCCACGUUGAAACGGUCGAGAGACCUUGGAAUUUAUAACCUAGCCUCCAACAGGGCGUGAGCCUUACAUUCGGCUGACGUCAUCCAACAUGGCGGACACCCUUUGUUGCAACCACACGGCGCGCUGUGAUUGGUGGAUAUGCUCUAGCCUCGCGCUGACUCCUUACUUUGGGUAAAAUUGGUUUUAGGCGGUGGUAAAAAUGCCAUGCCAAAACGAGUGGCCUGGGUAAGAGGCUAGAAUGGGAUUUUCCAUCACAAGUGAGUUAGCUGACGAGGAGUACAGCUAAACUGAAAAUGUGACUUCUUGUACAGCCUAAGGUGUAUUGAAGCCUAAGAAACUGAAACGAGUGUUAACGAAAAGUGCGCCCAAGUUGUCUGUAAGCUUGGUUAUUUUUGUAAACAAAAUGUUUCUUUUCGUUUGGAUCACAUUUACCGUCAAUACCAGAAGUCGGUAAAGCUACAUGCCCUGAAAGAAGAAAAGUACAAUGGCGCUCCCGACGGUAGCCGCUGUAUCAUCGGCUACCAAUAAUGUUUCGUCUUUAUCAGAAUAUAAAGUCAAACAUGAACGACGAGAUGAUGAAGAUGAAAUUGAGGCAUUGGCGGCAAAGAUGGUGGAGGCCAACAAGGCGAAAAUGCCAGGUGCCGUCCGCCCUGGCACUAAUGGCACAGCUGGUCAAGUACAGAGUGCACCACAGAUGGUUAAUGCAAAUCAACCUGCAAUUCUUAACUUUCUGACAAGAUCUGGUGCACCUGUUCAAAAACCGCAACAACCUCCAACUUCCAAUCCUUCCCAGCAUCCAUCCGAAAAACCACCAUGUGAUGCUGAUAGUGUCAAAAUGCAUUUUGGUUGGGUGACUCUUGGGAAAAUUCAUAUCCCUUAUAUAUUGCGUUAUGGCUCUGAAAAGUAUUGUGCUGUUCGUAUGGUGGAAAUGAAACUACUUAGUAAAUACUUAACAUAUCUUCAUGCAGACAUUUAUAGCUGUACAUGUAUUCGUAGCUAUUACAUCACAGAUGCUGAGGCAAGACUUCUUAAUGAUAUCAAUGUUAGACAUUGUGACUAUCAGUUUGGUCGUGAACCAUUUACAACAAAGGACUUAGUAGUGCGGCUUCAAGAUGCUGACGAGUUUUAUACAUUUCUUGAUGUGUGUUAUAAUAAAUUGGUGCCGCAGCACAAUUCUCUCUCAAAUAAGUGCGGUUUUAUUAGAAUAGAUGGUGAAUCAGUUGUGCCUUACAUUCUGAGAAAUGGCACCAAGUAUGUUCCUGUAUUUUACUUUGAAGGUGAAAUAUCUAGCCUCUUCCAAAAAUCAGAAACUUUAGAAGGCUGGGACUUAGCAUAUUUGAAAUUUUGUUGUAAAGUGCAAGGCAUUAGAGCAGAACUCUUUGAAAAGGACAAUUGUUCAGUGAUAAGCUUAGAAGAUAUUAAAGGCUACUUCCCAGGUGAAACAAACUUUGAAGAUUAUUGGCCCAGUAAAGUAGUGGAUAGGCAACUUUUAGUGUCAACUGCAAAAAGUGAUUCAAGUGCAACAUGGACCAUCACCCCAAGUGUGAGUGUACCUACUCAAUCUCCCGCCAUGAACAAAGUGCCAGCAGGAGUGAAUUCUGUUCCUCGACAACCUGCUCACUCUGCGUCAUACAUGACUCAGACCAUUACCAAUGGCUGGAGUGGUCUUGUCGGGGGUCAGCCAACAUACCAUUCUUCCUCCUCUAACCGGAUGUCCAUCAUGCACAAUGGCUCGAUGCCGAUGGGCAUGGUGUCGCCCGGGUCCGCCGUCCAGCCCCCGCCGCCUCUAGUCAGAGUGACGGGCUCGCAGCCCACCAUGGGGAGAUCGAGUGCUGCGGCUGCCAUGUACUCCAACGCCGGCAGCUCCGCGCUGACGCACAUGAUGGGCAUGGGCCAGCACUCGUCGCAGAUGCUGCCGCCCCAGCAGCCCCACGCGCACUACCCGACCGCCCCGGCCAACUACAAGAACCCGCCUCCCCUCGUCUCGGCGCCGCAGAUGAACCAGAGGCAGCAGCACCAUGUCAGCAACGGAAAGACGCAGUCGCCCAUGGACCACCGGAUGCGGCUAAUUCAAAUCAUAGACUUCCCCACGACGAGUAGUUCCCACACGCCGUUUAAGAUUCAGAAGGCGCUAGUGGAAGGAAAGAUGGUUCCUUGUAUGAAUGCCAAACCCUACGUGUAUACCGAGCUACUUAUGACCUUACAAGACUUAACGGCACAUUUCUUCCCACAAGUACAUGUAAAUAAUUGUAGACAAGGGUUACAAGAAGUUCUUAGGUUAGACUUGUACAGAGGGAACAGGCAGCAGAUGGCGAUCCUGAAGGAGGCCGGCAAGUGCCAGUCGACGAGCGACGUGGUGCCGCUGGUGCAGGUGAAGGACGUGAUGCAGUACAUGCCGCAGAUGAAGUACAUGUUCACGCCGCGGCGCGUGUCCAGUGCCGAAGAGCCCCCCGCCAAGAUGAAGCGCACCAGCUAGGACUGGCCCCCCGCGGGGCCCGCCCCGUGCGGGGCCGCGACCACCACCCCUACACCGCCCUCGCCCUACGGCGCGCA